AUGAUGACGUCUUGCUCAUCAGCUUUCAAAAAUGUUGUGGUUGGAAGUGGUGGCGGACCAUCGAGCUCCACAGCAACACCAUUUGAUGUUUACGCCUCGGCUUUUCAUUUACCUGUUAUUCAUCCGGCUCUUCUGACAAACUCACAUUUAUUACACCUAAAUACUUAUCAGGUUAGUUAUUGGAAGAAUCCAAACUGCAAAUCGUUUCGAGACCGACAUGAGUGCGGGAAAAUUUUUGAAUUCAAAAUAAUUUGAGAAGGGUUUAUCAAAAUCGUUUGGGAACCUAUUUUUAUUCGAAUUUUUGAAUGAUCUUAUCCCUUACUGUUCAAAUUAUUCACUGAAACCACAUUCCUAAUCAACGCAGAGAAGAUAGUUCUCGAAGUUUCUCGAAAAACUUGAUCCUAUAUUACGAAAUCUCCUUGUUUUUCUAGCCUAAUUCAUAUGACACAUCUGAUCGUCUCUUCGAACACAACAACAAUAGCGACAAAGCCGAAUCAUGUUCGUCUCGUGAUAGUUCGAUUCAUGACUCAUCCACAUCGCCAACUUCAACAGGAGGAAGUUCUAGUCGAGAUAAUGUGAUUGUUCGGAAUGAGACGAAGCGAAAGAAGGUUGGUUGAAAAUCGAUAAAGAAGAUAUUCUAUAAUGAGAUUAUUUAGUUUCAGGAUCAAGUGAAAGAUGAAGCAUAUUGGGAGAGACGUCGGAAGAAUAAUGAUGCGGCAAAAAGGAGUCGCGAUCAACGACGACAGAAAGAGGAUGAAAUGGCGUGUCGUGCUGCGACACUUGAACAUGAAAAUAUGCGAUUACGAGUGGAACUCGAUAAACUCCGAACUGAAACUGAUCAACUUCGAGCGCUGAUUUUGACACCUUCAAAUCUUUCAACACAAAAUCUACUGGUUCCUGCACCUCAAUCUUCUGUUAUCACAACUAGUCAACUUUUCCCGUUGGCUCUUUCAACUUCACCUCCGAUUAGGAGUACUGUACUUGUAUCAAAUACGAAUUCAAAAACAUGA